UGUUAUGUCCGCGGAAACGAAUCGGUUUACUUAGCUUAGCUGGCUAAUAGGCUCGUUGUCUUUCAUUGAUAUUUCCAGAGGAACCUCAGGCUGUACGGAGCUCACAUAAUGGACAGUGAAAUGUCUGACAUUGACCAUAUACCAGGCCCUGAAACCAUGGAGGGGGAGAACGCCCCUCUUUACUGUAUCUGCCGGAAACCAGACAUCAACUGCUUCAUGAUUGGCUGUGAUAACUGUAAUGAAUGGUUCCAUGGGCACUGUAUUGACAUUACUGAGAAGAUGGCGAAGGCAAUCCGGGAAUGGUACUGCAUGCGAUGUAGAGAUAAAAACCCCAUGUUGGAAAUAAAGUAUAGAAAAGAAAAGAAAAACCGGGAGAAGGAGGUUGACUCUGACAGAGGUGAAAAACAGUACAGCACACCAAGUACUCCAGAUUAUAAGAGUGAAAGACGGCGUGGAUCAAAAGUAAAGCGUUCGGUCCGUAUGUGUGGGGAAUGUGAGCCCUGCAGAAGGACUGAGGACUGUGCCCAGUGUGACUUCUGCAAGGACAUGAAGAAGUUUGGAGGCCCUAACAAAAUAAGACAGAAGUGCAGAUUUAGGCAAUGUGAAGUUCGAGCCAGGAAAAUGCUGCGUGUGAAGGACGAGGAAUGCUCUUUGCGAGAAAGGAGGGAGAAUUCCUAUCACAGACGGAGACGCUACUCUGAGGAUUAUGACAGCGAGGUGGAUCUCUACCAGCAGUACAAGGCAGCAGGAAUCAACGACAGCAUGGCAUGGGGUAGUGAUGAUGAUGAUGAGCUGCCUUACAGUCCUGUCAUGCGUAAGAAAGCGGUGAAGGUGAAGCACGUCAAGAGGCGAGAAAAGAAGUUUGACAAGAAAAAAGAGUCACGGCGCCACAAGCAGAAGCAGAAGCACAAGGACAAAAGCAGACACAGCGAGAAGGGGGACAUCCGUGAUAACUCAGGGCAGCAUCAGUGUCUGGGGCCAAGCUGCGUCGAGGCUGCGAGACCCAACUCCAAAUACUGCUCUGAGGAAUGUGGCAUGAAGUUAGCUGCAAACCGAAUCUAUGAGAUUCUCCCUCAGCGCAUCCAGCAGUGGCAGCAGAGUCCCUGCAUCGCUGAGGAGCACGGCAAGAAGCAGCUGGAGCGCAUCCGCCGGGACCAGCAGAACGCCCGGCUACGCCUCACUGAGAUGGAGCGCCGCUUCCACGAACUGGAGGGUAUCAUCGCCAAGGCCAAGCAGCAGGCUGUGCAGCAGGACGAGGAGGUGAAUGAAGGUGAUAGCGAGGACACAGACCUGCAGAUUUUCUGCGUGUCUUGCAGUCAUCCCAUCAAUCCAAAAGUGGCCCUGAGACAUAUGGAGAGAUGUUAUGCAAAGUACGAGAGUCAGACUUCCUUUGGUUCCAUGUACCCUACAAGAAUUGAAGGAGCAACCAGACUCUUCUGUGAUGUGUAUAAUCCCCAAAGCAAAACGUACUGCAAGAGGCUUCAGGUUUUGUGUCCAGAACAUUCCAGAGAUCCUAAGAUCCCAGUGGACGAAGUGUGUGGAUGUCCUCUGGUGAAAAACGUGUUUGAGCUGACAGGAGACUACUGCAGAGUCUCUAAAAGGAAAUGCAACAAACAUUACAACUGGGAAAAGCUCAGGAGGGCUGAGGUAGACUUGGAGAGAGUCAGGGUGUGGUACAAGUUGGACGAGCUCUUUGAACAGGAGCGUAAUGUCAGGACUGCUAUGACAAACAGAGCUGGUCUGCUCGCUCUAAUGCUGCACCAAACUAUUCAGCACGACCCCUUGACGACUGAUCUCCGUAGCAACAAGGAUAGGUAGUCGACCUAGUCUGCUCCAGAACACUUUACAUAACGAGAUAUGAGCGUGAUGGUUUUAACUUGUAGAAUGUUAACUACCAUUUUGAUGUGAACUGAUUUUUGUAUCUAAAUAAUUAUUUUAAAUCUUUGUAUAAUAAUUCACUUGAAAUGGUAAAUGGAUAUAUAUUUUUUCCUGACUGUGGUAGAUGAAUUACUGCUGAUUGAAAACUGCUGUUUUUGGUAUGAGCGCCAAAAUAAAAACCUUUAA